AUGCAAUUUGGACUCUUAAUAUGGGUGCUGUAUAGUUUGCUUGAUUAUUGUCUUGCACAUACGGGUGAAUACGUUUUUGCGAUCAACCAAAUAAAUUCAAGUUUCCCGAUUCCAUUGGCUUCAAUUCAUAUAACUGACAAUGAAACAACAAUAGAUCCAUCCAAUUUGGUAUCGGAACCAUUAGAGGAUGUAUGCCUAUCGUUUUUUCACGCACGUCAGGAAACCCCACAAUUUAAAUGCUUUAAUUACUUCGAAAACUCAAAUGUUGCCUCAAAAAAUGGCGAAUUGAUCGGGGAGUUGAGACUAUUUAUGGAUCAUUCAUGGAUUGAUUCUGUUUCUUUCAUCAGCACCGACUCCCCACUAAAAAUUACAUUCAGCAAUAUCAAUGAACUACAUGAUCCACAGCCGAGGUUACAAAUACCUACAACUGAGCUAUCCUCCAAGGAUAAAUCUUUCUCAAACGCUAAAGACGUGAUGACGAAAGAGACAAGUGAAAAUUUUGAAGUGGAGGGAAAGCAAGAAGACGAUAAGUCUUUAAAAAAGCCAAAACUGAUUGAUGGUGAUGUUGAUGUUGAUGGUGUGGAAUUUGAAGAAGUGGUGAAACCCUCCAACUUUUAUAAAGACAACCAAACUUUCAUUGAGAGAAACUGGAAAUUUAUACUUGGUCCAAUAGUUGUUAUUAUUAUCAUUGGUAACCUCUUUGGACCACGUAAUUAA